AAUGAAAUUAAUAAACAAUUAGGUCGUGGUGGUGAAAAUAAAGUAAUUCUUUUAAGACAAACCUUAAAAUCAUUUUUAAAAAAAUCAUUAGAAAGUAUGUAUGAGAUAGAAACUAUUUCAGAAAAUAAAAAACUUUUGGAAGGCGGCCGCAAAUGCCCUUGGAAUUCUUUAGAAAAACUCCCUACUACGAAUAACCACCUUGAAGGAAUGAAUGAAUAUUUGAAAAAUAAUCAAUUAAAUCGAUUUCAAAGAAGUGGCCACCUUCUUAGAGCUGAUAUACUUUAUAUUGCUCUUGUAUAUGAAGUUAUACCUAAUAUUUUAAC